AUGGAUUCAUCAGCGGAUAAAGAAGAGCGCAAGCGCGAGUACAAUCGUCUUGCACAAAGAGAAUUCCGCCGAAGAAGAAAGGAACACCUCAAGAAUCUCGAGCAAGCCCAAAAAGAACAGAGCUCUGAGCAAUCGGAAGAGAUUGAACGUUUAAGAUAUCAAAAUGAUGAACUCAGACGAGAGAAUGAAGCUCUCCGAGCACAAAUUUACGGUUCAACAUCACAAGGUCUCCUACUCCAACCACUAGGACCGAUUUCGUCCGAUCACCGACAGUACUCUUUAUCCCCAUCCAUUUCUGGUGCCUCUAUUUCAAAUGCUAGUAGUCCUCCAGCUUCUUUGAGUUCAGACAUGAUGUCUAUGGGCUCCAUGCCAAUGACGACCGCCAUGAUUUCACCAUCUACUAUCUCCAUGGCUAUGCUGCCCUACGAUCGCAAGAAAAGUCGCACUCAAAUCCGGGAGCUUUUCCAUCCGCUCCUUUCCGAUCCUUCAAUUUUAAAUGGUUCCUCUCCCGAUCGUCAUCUCGCUCUUCUUCACUCCAUGGUCGAUAUCCUCCCUCCCACUCUCAAGCCAAAUAAAUCGCAACUCGCAACCGCUCACUAUUAUGCUAUUGAUAUGAUUGCUUCUCCUUCUUUACGCGAUCGUCUCAUGACUUUAACCCAAGAUGUGACGCAAAGCUUCAUUAGGGACUUUGGGAGUUGUAUUGGGGAAGCGGAGGAUAUUGGUCAGAUUAUUAUCUGGGGAGAAGAUCCUUAUAAUGAAAUGGCGUGGGAAAUAUCGCAACCUUUGUUAGAGAGAUGGGGUUGGUUACUUGGUCGAGGAUUUGUUGAUAGAAGUAAUGCGUGGAGGAUACAAAGAGGUGCUCUUCCUUUACCUGAGUGGUAG